CACGGAAGCGGAAAUGCAGACAAGAGACCGCCCAUCUGGCGACGGCAGCAACAGCAGCAGCAGCAUGGUGGCCACCAGGAGAGGAGGUCGCGUGGAGUGUUCUGACGAUGUGGGAAACACCGAGUCUUCGCAGAGCACGCAGGGCAGUAAAAGGAUCACAAGAAGCUCCAUUGCCAGAGCAGAAUGCCCGUCAGAUGCCGCUAGUGAAGAGGAACACAGGGAAGCAGAAGAAAAGGACUCGAGGUCUUCCAUCCCAUCAGAAGUGCCAAGCGCUGCUGUUGGGCGGCUGACACGCAGCAGAGUGAGCAGAAGCGCUUUACAGCCAGAGGCAGUUAGCGAGGCGGACAUUUCUGAGGCAGAGUCCUGCUCCUCUGCCGUUUUACCAAACCGAGGGCCCACUGAACAAAGGCUAACAAGAAGUUCUGCCCGUGAUCGAGUACGCAGGCCGCACAAUGAAGAUGUGGAGGUCUCCGAGGCAGAGUCUUGCGCCUCUUCAGCUUCCACACACGGGGCCUCUCGACUUUUGAGAAGUAAGGUGCCACAGUCCCAGAAGCGAGGUGACAAGCCUCAGGUUCAGGAUGCUGACGUUUCAGAUGCAGAGUCCUGCUCCUCUGUUGCAUCGGGAAUAGCCAGCAAUGUUAGAACACCCAGAAGCAGAAGUCUGGUACCCCCUGCGGCAGCUGGGAAGUCUCAGCCUGAAGAAGCGGAGGUUUCGGAGGCUGAGUCUUCCUGUUCCAGUGUGUCUGGUCUGCGAUCUACUAGGAGCAGGUUGAGCAAGGCUAGUGCACCAAACAAAAUGGAUUGCAAAGCAAUUGAAACUUCUCCAGUAAGACCUUCUAGUGGCCCCAAAGAACAAAGCACAAGUGGAAGCCCUGUGAAAGCGUCUGGUGUCCCAGUGAGACUAGCACAACAGCCACCAAGCAGCCCUUUCUUAACUAGAAGCCUAAGGAGUCGAGCUGUGCCCUAUUUUCAUCCAGAGGAUAGCGAUGGAAAUCUGUCUGCUGCUCCUGGUAGCCCAGAAAAAUCGGCUUCUGUAUCGAGCCAAAGUCCUAGCAGAACUCGAACGGUGAGCAGAAGCAGGCAUUCCAUGUCCCUGAAGGACAGAAGCGUGGUGACGCAGGCGGAACCUGAACCUUCAGCAGAAGAGUCUGAUGGGGACCAAAAGUCACAGAGUGAGGAGUCGGGUGUCUCGGAGGUUAAGAAUGGUGGGCAAGACAUUAAUAUGACGCAAAGUGUGGAAAUGCAGCAGGAGGAUCCCACGAGUGCCGAACAUGAGGACAUGGACAAAAACGGUGACCCCCUGAAAAGAGGACAGAGUCAGGACAUCAGCAUACACCCUGAGGACAACUGUGAAGACAACUCUGUCAUAAAACCCCCCUUGCCUGAAAGCAGCAGUCAGCAGGAGACGGAGCAAGGAAGAAGAAAGUCAACACCACCUCAAGUGAUUCAUUUGCUCCUGAGCAGUGAUGAGGAGAGUGACUCGGAGGAGGAGGGCUGUCCAGAUGAAGAUGAUUUAUUUAUUGUGGAAAGUGAAUCAAGACCAGCUAAACCCACCUCCCCUCCUGAAGCCAGCAGCACACAGCAAAAUGACCUCUUCGUCAUCGACACUCGCCCUGGCUUUAAUUUAGAGAGAAAAUUCUAUAUUGAGACCCAAGAUACUGCAUCAAAAAGCUCAGAAGAUGAGGAGGAAGAAGAUGAUGAUGAUGAUGUCGUCAUCCAGGAAGAGGAUGUUGACGAAUCAGAUGAUGAAUUUGUUGAUGAAGAAGCUGAUGAGGAUGCGGUGGAUAAUGAUGUGCUCUUUAAACCCAAAAGGCCUCCUCCGGUGACAUUCUCAAGCAACAUAGAUCCCGGUCUUAGCCUCAAGCAGUUUGGUGGGCUGUACAUUCAUCUUGAUGCAGAGAAGCAGAGGAAGACCCCCAGUGUUGUCCAGAAGACAAAGGAACCAAAGAAGAAGGAUGAGCUCUUGCAGAAGAGUGUAAUUACUCCAGAUUUUGAAAAGAAACACGUUGUCCCCCCUUACAAGGAGUCCAUCCGUAAACUGAAGCAGAAGCGCAGGGAGGAGCGCGCCAAGACCACCGGUGACAGCUGGUUUAACAUGAAAGCCCCAGAGUUAACAGAGGACCUGAAAAACGAUCUGAGGGUGCUGAAAAUGAGAUCGGCUAUGGAUCCAAAGCGAUUUUAUAAGAAAAACGACCGGGAUGGCUUUCCGAAGUAUUUCCAGGUGGGCACUGUUGUGGAUAAUCCAAUAGAUUUCUAUCACGCACGCAUACCUAAGAAGCAAAGGAAAAGGACAAUUGUGGAUGAGCUCAUGGCCGAUGCGGAUUUCAGGAGUUACAACAAAAAGAAGUUCAAGGAGAUUAUGGCAGAAAAGGCAGAACUUGCAGCGGGCAAGAAGAACCGGAAGAAGAAGAAAUUCCACAACUGAGUGAUGGCUCUCACUUGGACUUGUCAGAUUCUUUUGAGUAACUUUUAUAUCUUGUGCAAAAAAAAAUUUUUUAAUUAUGGAAUGAGAGACUCAGGGUGCAUUUGCCUCCGAGACAACUUUAGGUGGUAUGGAGUGGCGCUUCCAGCAGCAACCACCUGCUUAGUGCUAAAAA